CAUGGCCUGGAAUCGGCAGCCCCCCAGGCAGGCAGCUAGGGACCCUGAGGGUGAAAGAGGCCGAGCGAUGGCCAGUGCUGGGCGUCUGCUGCUGCCACUGCUCUGCCUGCUACCCAUGGCCCCGGUGCUGACAAUCAAGAAGUACCAGCAGCUGUCCCAUAAGAGCAUCGGAGAGCCCUGUGAGAUGCACAGUGAGUGCCAGAGCGACUGUUGUGUCACCAACAGCCUGAACCCUCAGAAGUUCUGCACCGCCCAGACCGCGUUCCAGCAGUGCCUGUCCUGGAAGAAGCCAAACGGGUACAUCUGCAAGGACCACUUGGAAUGCCAGAGCAAAUGUUGUGCCAUCAGCGACUACGGGGUGGACAUGUACUGCAAAGCCAAGACCAUCUUCCUGCAGUGCUUGCCCUGGCGCAAGCCCAACUGGGACUACUGUGACUACCACAGAGAGUGUCGCAGCAAGUGCUGCAUCCGGCUGAACGAGCUCAGCCCCAGCCGCUGUGUCCCCCAGAGCGGCAUCCUGCUCCAGUGCCUGCCCUGGUAACGUGGGCCCAGUCUGUGCCCUGGAGACCACCCUACAUGCUGAGUCCUGUGUGUGUUCAUGGGACCAUGAAGGCCUGCAGGUAUUACAUGUCUAACCGUGAACUCCCAAGAC